CAAAAGCUAAAAGGCUUGAAAUGUGCUUCAGAAAGUUACACAAUCAGAACUUUGUUUUAUGUGACCAUAUAGCUUCAUUUUUACAAAUGAAGUCUAAUUAGUGAUCUUGUCUACAAAAAUAAGAUUUUGUUUUUCUGUGUCUUCUUCCUCCGGCAACCACAUUAUUUUGACUGUGUUGGUUCGGCGUCAAUUAUAGACCUCUGCAAUGAGUGACUUUUCUUCGAAAUUUGCUCAGCUAAGCGUGCGGUCGGAGAAAAGUAGUCAUAAUGACUUGUCUAACAUUCAACGUGCUAAUGGGGACGAAGACAAGGGUUCUAAGGGAAAUCCAUGGAAACCAAGUAAGUCAGUUACAACGUUUAUGUGCUGUUCCCCAGUAGUCCCUAGUUCCGAAAACAAUUCUCUGGAAGCAGACGCUUGGCCUGAACCAUCGGCACCUACCGAACAAAGACGUAUUGCUCGCAUUGCAGAGGAAAAACCCAAAAGAAAAUUAAAAUGGCAUAGUUACGAGGUCGAUGACACCACAUGUGGUUUCCCUCGAGGUCGUGGCCGCUCCACUGUUGGACCAUUUGCCGGGGCUAACUAUACCAGCAAUAACGUCAGGUCGUUCCGCAGGGGUUAUGGGGGUUACCGUAGUCGCAUAUUACCUGAUACAAACAGAGGUCGGAACAGCAAUGGGUUCUAUCGUCAUCCUGGGCGCUUAGCAAGUAUACGACCAGUUAAUGAGCCUAAGGAAAACACAAAUGAAUCCACCCAAAAGAACAGUCCGGUCCAAACAAGUGAUACAUCUGGGGACCCAGUUGAUGCUCAUUUAAGCACAGAAGUAUCAUCUCACGACGAAAAGGUUUCGGAUCGCAGUUUACAUCCAUCAGAAUCAGUCGAGCUAUCAAGUCAGCAAACAGAAACAGAAUUGCAAAAUAAACCGAGUUCAGUUUCUGUGCCUGGCCCUAUUCCUCGCAAGGCUUACCGCGAGAGAUCAAAUGUUUCUUCUCAGUCUGGUAGUCAGUCAACUAACAUCCCAUCUAAUUACGACGCAGGUCCCAUUGGUCGUGCAAGGCGAUCUUAUCAACGUCAGCAUCAACCAAUGUUCCCUAAUGAAACUGAUAAUCACAGUUUAAAUUCACACCCUACUUUGGUUGCUAACUCAUCAAUCCAACCUCUUAUCCCCUUUCAAACAGUACCUCAAAUUGCGUAUAUCAUCCCAGGGGCACCUGCAACAAUGCUGGCUCCUGCCCUGCAGCUUACGCAAACACCUGCUUCACACGCAAUCAUUCCAGCGGUGUCCCUAGCAAACACCCAAAUACUACCUACUCAGCCGACAAUACAACACCCCAUUGCAGCUUUGCCACAUCUUCCGGUCGAUAGUCUUCCCAUACCUAUUCUUCCUGAUGUAUCAGCUGUUCAGUCUAUACAUCCUAGUUUCAACCCACAAUCAUCCAUGACUUCUACCAGUACGGAACAACCAACUGAUACUAGUGAAGUGGUUGACGUAACUCAAGUGAUCGCAUACAUUAAUGAAGUAGGAUGGAAAAAAGUAGUUUUUCCCACAAGCCUUCGAGAGCACCGAGCGGUUGCUGCUGCUAUAAAGGAUGCCCUAGGGUCAUCAAAUCACGACUUGGCAGAUCUUACUGAAACGGCAGUUAACAAAAACGAUUUGUCUAAUUCAUCCUCUACUCAAUCUCGUAGUGAUGAUGCACCUGCAAGGCCAAUAAAAGCUGACGAUGUUAUCAUAGUUGAGGAUCGCGUAUUUUUUGUCCCGAGAAACGCGAAUCGAACGAAGUUUUUAAAGUUUCGAUCAAAGCUGGAUUAUAUCAAGCAUCAUGUCGAGUACUACUUCAGUGAAAGCAAUUUGCUACGUGAUUCUCACUUGUAUACAAUAUUAACUGCCAAUCAAGAUGUCUGCCCCAUAUCUGAGCUGUUACAGUUCAAUAGGCUCCGCUGGGUAUCCACUACUGAAUCAGAAUUACUAGAUGCCGUCUCCAGCAGCAAUGUUUUGUUGGUUGUGUUUUCAGAUGGCUCACCAGCUGGAAUUACUCGAGUUUGUCCAACAUUGGUAAAGCAUUUAAAUGAAGGUUGUUCUCCGUCCGUCGAGUUUGGCUAUGUACGUCCUGUCAAUCAGGGUGUAAGCUUGACAACUUCGACUUCCGAUCAAAACGCAAUCGUUGUACAAGUAUCAACAGCUUCCAGUCAGUCUCUUACACAUCCCAAUGUUGAUCCAUUAAAUCAAAACAUCUCAAUCCUGAAUCCAGUCUCAGCUCAUUCAUUUGGAAGUCAGGUUCCCGCAAACAGCACCAAUGCACCUUUCCCUGUGACUUCACAGGUUUUGGGUGUUUCGGGUCAGUCUAUGAGCUCUAUUCCGCAUAACUCACUUCCAAACUAUAUCCAAUCCUCAGCUCAUAUCUUGACUCCAAAUAAUUUUGGAAUUUUGACAAACACUUCACCAGGAAAUAUAAUAUAUUCUAGUUCUUCACCUUCACAACAACAUUCUACAGUAACGGCUCCGUUUUACCAAUCUGACCUCGGUCCACAGUCCACAAUCAGACCAGCACAAGCUUUCCAUUGCCCACAAAUUUACACCCAGCACCAGGCUGCCGCAUUUAUGGCUGCAGCCGCUAAUCAGUGUAGUUUAUUGGCGUCAGGUCCUAAUACCCCAGUAUUGCCUCCUUCAGACCCAAAUACUGCCUCCUUCAUUUCCGCAUUAUACCGUCUUGCCACUCCAGGUAGUCCGGCUCCUAUUGUUGGGACAUAUGUACCAUCUGUUGGUAAUCCCAACAACAUGUCUGCUGCUGCUGCUCCUAAUUCGGCUGUGUUUCUCCAGUUUAUUCCAGGAGCUCAUCCCGGUCAAACCAACGCUUAUUUCACACCUUCUAUCAGUUGUCCGCCGGGCACAAACUCACUUUUGAGCCGUUCCGUCCCUGCACAUGCAAGCGGAAUGUGGAUACCUCUUAACCAAGGUUCUGGCGCAAACGGCGGUAUUGUUUCGACUCAUCCUUACCAACCGUAUGUGGCGCUCACGCAAGCUCAUCCAAACCUAUCCCUUCCCAAUAAUCCAAGUGGUAACGGAGGUUUGUAUGCAGUUACAUCUUCUCACUCGUUUCCAACAGCCUUCGGUACCGUCCCGUUAACUAUUGGUCCUGAUGUCUCUGGCUUUGGCGUCCAGAAAGUAUUUAGUCAUGCUCAUUCAUUAAGCAGUCCUCAUACUUACACAAAUCACCAGUCACCUGUUACUUCAAAUCCAAAUGUGACAGCGAUAAAUACGCCAACCGGACAUGCUUCUCAAAUCAGUGUAAAUCAUAGUUCAGUUCCGGGUUCACAACCAUCAAACAGUAACUUGGCUUUGGGUAAACGAAUGCCUACAAACAACACUCAAACAUGAAUUUCAGUCUUUUUAAACAAUCCUGUCACAUCCCUUGUUAUGUACAGUGUACAGUUCCCCUUGCUCACAGAUUCUCUAUAACAUUUUAGCCCUUACUAGCUAGCGACAUUUCUAAAAUUCCAGACAGUUAUCUAUCAUCUUUUUGCUGAAACCUAUUGCACAGCUCUAGCAGUUGUCGUCUAGUCACUAGUUCCUGCAUAUGCGUUAUCUCUGUAUUCCCAGUUCGUGCCUUGUUUGAUUUAUAACAUUUCGAAUUAUUUUUGUAAUUAAAAGUAUUUAUGCGUAUUUGCUCUCCAGAAGGCAUAUAUAGCUGACAUUGGAUGAGUUUUUACAGUUUGCUGCCUGUGAUAUGAAUCAUUUAGGGUUUUAUGACUUUGUUUCAGGCUGUGCCUGCCACACUCAUUUAUUUGUAGGUGUAUAUCAUUCACAAUCAAAAUUGGUCUGUUUUUUUUAAAAUUAAAUUUAGUGCUCAUGAUCAUUAUUAAUUAUACCUACCCGAGAUAUUAAUCCACAAAAAUAAGAAAACGUGUGCUUUUAGAUUCCAUGUGUGUGUGUUCAUACAUAACAUAACCCAAGUGCACUUGCUCUGUCUUCCAACAUAGUGAGUGGAGUGGUGGAGUGUUGUAAAAGUCCCAAGUUUAUAAUAAAUUAGGUUUCCUCAUUCAUUUCUCUCACUUCCUUAUGUAUGUGAGCUAGUAUAUUAUUUAUUGGAUUGUAGUUGUUUAUCAAUCACUAGUAAUUCUUGUUCAUUCCAUGAAUUUUGUCCAUUGUAAAUAGUCUCCCCCCUUCAUCAUUUAUCUCUCUCUUGUGUUUGGAUGAUCUUUUGUGUUUAUCUUAUUGGUGGUUUUUGGUAUGUAACAACAACAACAACAACACCUUGUCGAAACAAAUUAUUAUUAUUAGCGUUUCUUACUUACUUACUUACUAUCUUCAAGCUUUCUUUUCUCAUAUUCUUCAGAUUCUCUACAAAAAAUAAAUGUAUCCAAAAAGUAA